AUGUUUGAAACGGGACGCUAUGGCCAGACACCACUUCAUGUCGCAAUUUUCUGGCCAAGAGGCUUGGAGCUUCUUUUCGAACUGGCAGAAGAUGCAUGCCAUGAUAUCAUUGACGCGUUGGAUUCAACUGAAACGUCGGCCAUCACAUAUGCUAUCACUUUGCAACAGGCAGAAUCCGUGACGAUCUUGCUGAAAAAGCAUGCAACCAUCGAUCUUGAAAACACUGCCUGUUUCUUCGGUCAUAAAUUCUCCAAUUAUCUCAAUGCUCAAAGUCGGGAGGUUUGUGAAGUCUUGAGCAAAGAACUCGCAAAGCGCAGGACAGAGAUGCUGCAUUACGCUCUUGAGCAUCUACCGGAAAAGCAAGCAACGAGGCUUGGUCUCGCAAACAUGGCGAUGCUACAAGAAAAUGCUUUUGACGUCGUCACAGAACUAAAGAACUAUGGGGUCCCGAUCCCUCGACAGUAUAAACUCAUACGUCGGGGUUCGAUUUACCAUACCGCCUUCAUGUCAGUCAACCUAGCUGAAGCUCUAUUCGAAUCGGGUUUUACAAACAUCGAUUCAAUCGUGGAUGGAUACACUCCUUUGAUGGUAUUUCCAUUACUUUUGACUUUUGGUACUGGCAAGACGGCUACAUCAGACCUCAUCGCGUGGUUCGAUAAAAAGCAAGCAGACGUCAAGAUCCCCAUUCCAAUCGAAGCUCGUAUACAGGCUUCAUGUAUACAAGCUCCAGAAUACCGGGUUAUACAUCGCCUUUCUUAUAUGUUAGGACUCGAAACAGGAGUAACAUCUUUAUCUGGGUUGCAUUUCUCUUUGCAAGUGCGAAAGCUUUUUUCUGUUUCGUCGAAAGAUCCCUGUUUGUGCUAUUGCGCACCUGAAGGCUGCAACUCAGCCUCGUUGUUCGCAAGGGGUUGGUUAUGGUAUCCUGAAUCAGAAUAUGGUUUUGGUACAAAGCGCUUAGUUGAGUGGAACGAAAAAAGUCUACAUGAAAUGUCUUAUCAAGGGCUUGGUACAAAAUGUGCCUUUGUUCGAGUUUGCACGUUUUCUCGGCUCGGCAUGCAUCAUACCUGCUGCGUGCAUAGAAUACACGACCAGGGCACUAUAUUGCGUGAAAGAGGGAGAUUCGCUAAGCUGAUUUCCAUAAUGGAAACAGAGGAAGUAGCUGAGAUAAGGAAUGAGGACCGGUACUUGGCAGUGACCUUGGAGAAACUCAUGGAAGAGUUCAGCUCCAAGCUGCGAAAUGACACAUUAUCUUUUCUAGAAUUUAUGAAAUUCUGGAAUAACAGAAUGUGCGAGUUUGAGUCAGAAAAAGAGCAGAUUGCUGCAGAGGACCUCCAAACUAUGUUGGACAUUGGCGUUCGUUUCGACAACAUCUAA